AUGAACUUCAAUUCACUUUAUUCCCAUGCAAAAUUGCAAAUGCAUUUAUGUAUGUUGUUCAUUAUUUCCGGAAGUACUAAUCCAGCAAGAGAUCGAUCGAUCGAGAUGGCGUCGAACGGAAAUGGAAAUGCGAGCGUAGCCACCGGAAAAGGUAGCGGUGGUAGGAACGGACUGCCGAAGAUACAAACGCAGAAGAGACAGAACGCGAUUUGUCACGAUGACACUGCGCCGACGGUGAAGGCGCAGACCAUCGAUGAGCUGCACUCACUUCAGCGGAAGAAAUCGGCACCGACAACGCCGCUCGACGGUGUUCAAGGUGCUUUUGCUAAUUUGACGGAGGAGGAACGCCAUAAACAGCAACUCCAGUCCAUCAGUGCAUCGUUGGCGUCACUGACAAGAGAAACCGGACCCAAGUUGGUAAGAGGAGAUCCGGCCCGACAGUCAGAGACCCCUAGGGUUUCACACGCCCCUGACCACCAUUUUGCCCCAACAUUCUCUGCUAGUGACAGCUCUCUCAAAUUCACCCAUGUCCUCUACAAUCUCUCCCCCGCAGAGCUAUAUGAGCAGGCGAUCCACUACGAAAAAGGAUCGUUCAUAACAUCGAGUGGCGCAUUGGCAACAUUAUCUGGUGCGAAAACUGGUCGCUCUCCGAAGGAUAAGCGUGUGGUUAGGGAUGAGACCACCGAAGAUGAGUUAUGGUGGGGCAAGGGUUCCCCGAAUAUCGAGAUGGAUGAGCACACCUUCUUGGUCAACAGAGAAAGAGCUGUCGAUUACUUGAAUUCAUUGGACAAGGUAGUUGUGAAUGAUCAAUUCUUGAACUGGGAUCCAGAAAACCGAAUCAAAGUCCGAAUCGUAUCCGCUAGAGCUUACCACUCUUUGUUCAUGCACAACAUGUGCAUCCGACCCACAGCCGAAGAACUGGAGAAUUUCGGUACUCCGGACUUCACUAUUUACAAUGCUGGACAGUUUCCUUGUAAUCGUUACACACACUACAUGACAUCAUCCACUAGCAUAGAUUUAAAUCUCGGUAGACGAGAAAUGGUAAUUCUCGGCACACAAUACGCCGGGGAAAUGAAGAAAGGUCUUUUCGGUGUCAUGCAUUAUCUCAUGCCUAAACGCCAAAUCCUCUCCCUUCAUUCUGGUUGCAAUAUGGGCAAAAAUGGCGAUGUUGCCCUCUUCUUUGGUUUGUCAGGUACCGGAAAGACAACUUUGUCUACUGAUCAUAAUCGAUAUUUAAUUGGAGACGAUGAACAUUGCUGGAGUGAUAAAGGUGUAUCGAAUAUCGAAGGUGGUUGUUAUGCCAAAUGUAUCGAUCUCUCUAGGGAAAAAGAACCGGAUAUAUGGAACGCUAUUAAAUUUGGAACCGUGCUGGAAAAUGUUGUAUUUGAUGAACAUACUAGAGAGGUGGAUUAUCUAGACAAAUCUGUCACAGAGAACACACGUGCGGCAUACCCGAUCGAGUACAUCCCAAAUGCUAAAAUCCCCUGUGUUGGUCCACACCCUAAGAAUGUUAUUCUGUUGGCAUGUGAUGCAUUUGGUGUACUCCCUCCAGUGAGCAAGCUUAACCUUGCUCAGACUAUGUAUCACUUCAUCAGCGGCUAUACAGCACUGGUGGCUGGGACUGAGGAGGGUGUUAAGGAGCCACGUGCGACAUUUUCCGCCUGCUUUGGUGCGGCAUUUAUUAUGUUACAUCCUACUAAAUAUGCAGCAAUGCUCGCUUCAAAAAUGGAGAAACAUGGUGCUACUGGGUGGCUUGUUAACACCGGUUGGUCAGGUGGCAGCUAUGGUUCUGGGAGUCGAAUGAAAUUGGCGUACACUCGGAAGAUCAUUGAUGCGAUUCAUUCUGGGAAACUUUUGAGUGCUAAUUACAAGAAAACCCAAGUGUUUGGGUUGGAGAUCCCAACUGAGGUGGAGGGUGUGCCUUCGGAGAUUCUUGAUCCAGUGAACACUUGGUCCGACAAGAAGGCAUAUAAGGAGACACUGUUGAAGUUGGGUGGGUUGUUCAAGAACAAUUUUGAGGUGUUUCUCAACUAUAAAAUUGGGAAGGAUGAUAAGCUGACUCAGGAGAUUGUUGGUGCUGGUCCAAAAUUUUGAUUCAAAGGAAGAUGAAUUGGUGAUGGGAAUCAAGGCUUGUUGGCCUCACAACGGAUGUAUAUUAGUCUAGUUGUGUGUUUCUAUUUACUAAAGGAUUAUAGUUAUCGUGAUUUUCUGUUGCGGUUUAAGCUUUAUAUUAUCUAAUGAAAAAAAGCUCCUCGUGUUGUAUUUUUAAAUAAUUUGAUUGUAUCUAUAACAC